AUGGACGAAGAAAACGAGCAGAUUUUGCUGAAAGAACGCUAUAAAUUACUGGAAUGGACUUCUAGUGUCGAAUUACGCACCCCAAAUCUCUUGAUACCUGUUCAAAUCGCCAAUUAUGUGGAAUCUCUGCCUUUUUGUAAAUUUGCAGUUUCUCCGUGAGUUUUUCACCUGUUUUGGGGUUGAAUUUUCAUAUUUUUUUGUUUUAGAAAAUGCGACAGGAUUGCUCUCAUGUCCUACACUCGAAUCCUGGAUAUCUACCUCCUAAACGGCGAAAUCCUGGACCACGAAUCAUCGGUUCAAAUCCUCGAAGAAAAUUCCCCCGAAUACUGCAUCCUUCAAUUCACCUCCUCCGGUCAACUCCUCUUAUCCUCGAGAAGUACACCACAUAUCGAUAUUUUCGACAGUAUGGGCGCUUAUUGUUAUGAUAUCCCCCUUGAACCUCAUGAGCCGGGGAUUUUUGAUGUGAUUUGUGCGAUGCAGACAGUUUCUUUGGGAACAUCAGCUGAUAAAUAUAGUGAAAUACUAUACGUUCUUCAAUAUUCUGGAACCUUCUCCGCUUUUAAAAUCAGCCGUCUCUCAAAAUACACCAAACUUUGGGCGAUUUCCCUGGAAAUCGGGGCGGUUGGAACAUUCCAAAUCCUUCCCAAAUACAAUUUGCUAUUAGUAUCUUCACAUUCCAAUGACACGAAAAAUCCAGGCCUUUGCUCUUUUCGAAUGCUGGAUUCCUAUCCUUAUGUAGAACCCAUCAAAAUCUCCUCAACAUCCACCGAUUCCACGUGGUUUUUCACGUGGAAACUACCAUUUUCCACGUCUUCCAUAUCAUUUCUGCCGAAAAUGUCGGUUGGCGAACAAUUUAUGAUAAGUGUCUCAACUUCUGGAUCGCUUUUUCUUUUUGAGAUUCCGUCGACGCGUUUGAAAUUCGCUUUUAAUUAUAUAAAUGGUCCGAGACCCGUUGAAGCCUGUUUUGUGGAUUUGGAUGUAGGUUUUGAAAAACUGCUGAACUCACAAGGGAACUGUUUCAAGAUUUUUAAUGAGAUCUAUGUUUUCUAGUAGUUUUCGACGCGCUGAUCACGAUCCCCCUGUCUAAAACUGCAAAGCUCGACUCCUAACAUGAGUUAUUUUUGUAAGUGGCAAAGUUGGAAAAUUUUUGCCACGUCAUAGUUAUCCAUGUGGCCGCUAAAGCGGAAGAUAGUGCCGCUUGCGCGGAAGCUUGCGGUUUACACUCGCUCCGCUCGAAGAUUAGGAGUCCUAACCGCAAGCUUCCGCGUAAGCGGCACUAUCUACCGCUUCAGCGGCCACGUGGAUAACUAUGACGUGGCAAAAAUUUUCCAACUUUGCCACUUACAAAAAUAACUCAUGUUAGGAGUUGAGCUUUGCAGUUUUAGACAGGGGGAUCGUGAUCAGCGGGUCGAAAACUACUAGAAAACAUAUAUCUCAUUCAAAAUCUUGAAACAGUUCCCUUGUUAGGGUCAGAAGAACAUCCUAGAGAUUUCUAGGACCUCUGAGCCAAGUUCUGGGCUCUCAAAAGUUAUCAUAACUCAAUUUUCGAUGAUUUUUAUGAAAAGCGUGGUCGAUUUACCCAAAAACCAUCAAUAAAUUGAAUUUUCAUGAAUUUUCAGCCGAAAAAUGAACAUUUUUUCAAAAAAUUUUGAAUUUUUUUAAUUUUUCGGCUGAAAAUUCAUGAAAAUUUGAUUUAUUGAUGUUUUUUGGGUAAAUCGACCACGCUUUUUAUAAAAAUGAUCGAAAAUUGAGUUAUGAUAACUUUUGAGAGCUCAGAACUUGGCUCAGAGGUCCCAAAAGCUGUCUAUGCACAAAAUUUCAUCAAGAUUUGAAGUUUUGAGGAAAAAAGGAGCAAAGUUUGGUGAUUUUACAAGGCUAUAACUUAAAGCCUUGUAAAAUCACCAAACUUUUCCACUUACAAAAUAAAUAACUCAUAUUUAUAGUUGAAUUCAGCAAUUUUUGAUAACAAAAUCCAUUUUUCUUUUAAAAAAAUCCAUUUUUUCUCCAGGAAAUCGCAAUAAUUUAUGAUAAUGGUGUGCUUCUUCGCUGUACAAUCGAUGAAAUUGAAGAGAAAAUGUUUUCAAUGAAAAUCCGGACUCCAGAAGAUCUCGAAGACAUCUACCCGGGUCAAACGAUGCUCCAAACUCCAGCUCACCGAGAAAUCUUCUUGUUAUCAGCGGAAGGGGAUAGUUCGAUUUUCCGAGAAGCUGCUCACAAAAGAGUUCAACUCGCCGGACAACUUUGGUUCUAUACGGUUUGGAAUUCGUUGAAGAAAUUGUGUGGAAUGGCGAUGGGUGAGAGUGCGGAACCGCUGCAAAUGGCCACGCAUUUGGCGAGAUUUGAAUUUGCGAUACAUCAUUCGCCCACGAGAACUUUGCAGCAACUUUUUGAUAGAACUGUGAGUGAUUUUGAUAGAACUAGAGUCUAGUUUUGGGGGAAAAGUGCUCAUUUUGAGCUCGAAAUUCAAGAAAAAGAGCUCAAAAUUCAAGAAAAUUGGAAAUUUUGAAAAAUCCAUGGAAAUUUCAAAACUAUAGUCUAGUUUUAGGGGAAAAGUGCUCAUUUUGAGCUCGAAAUUUAAGAAAAUUGGAAAUUCGGAAAAAUACGUUUCAAAAAAUAUUCAAAUUUUUCAUGACCAAAUUUUUUUGUUAACAAAUUUUUGGAGUUUGUUUCAAAAAAAAAUCAUACGAAUAAUUCUAGGAUUUCUCAGAAAUUUGUAGAAAUUUCAAAACUAUAGUCUAGUCUUUGAGCUAAAUAUCUAGAAAAUCUGAAAUUCUAAAAAAAAAUUCAAUUUUUUUCUGAAAAAAAUUUUUUUGGAAAUUUUUUGGGGCUGCUUUCAAAGAAAAUUCAUACGAAUAAUUUUAGGAUUUCUCAGAACUUUGUAGAAAUUUUUCAAAACUAUAGUCUAGUUUUUGAGCUUAAAAUUCAAGAAAAUCUGAAAUUUCAAAAAAAUUUUCAAUUUUUUUCUCAAAAUUUUUUUUUUUGGAAAAUUUUUGGGGCUGCUUUCAAAAAAAAAUUCAUAAGAAUAAUUUUAGGAUUUCUCAGAAAUUUGUAGAAAUUUUGAAACUAUAGUCUAGUCUUAGAAUUUUUCAGGAGUUUAUGAAAAUACUCAUUUUGAGCUCAAAAUUCAAGAAAAUCUGAAAUUCUGAAAAAUCCUUGGAAAAAUACGUUUCAAAAAAUUUUCAAAUUUUUCAUGACCAAAUUUUUUUGUUAACAAAUUUUUCGGGCUUGUUUCAAAAAAAAAAUUCAUAUGAAUAAUUCUAGGAUUUCUCAGAAAUUUAUAGAAAUUUUGAAACUAUAGUCUAGUCUUAGAAAUCCUGAGAAUACUCAUUUUGAGCUAGAAAUUCAAGAAAAUUGGAAAUCCAUGGAAAAAUACGUUUCAAAAAAUAUUCAAAUUUUUCAUGACUAAAUUUUUUUGUUAACAAUUUUUUUGGGGCUGAUUCCUUCUAAAAAAUUCAUACGAAUAAUUUUAGGAUUUCUCAGAAAUUUGUAGAAAUUUUUCAAAACUAUAGUCUAGUUUUGAGCUCAAAAUUCAAGAAAAUCUGAAAUUUCAAAAAAAUUCGAUUUUUUUCUGAAAAAAAUUUUUUUGUUAGCAGUUUUUUGGGGGUUGUUUCAAAAAAAUUCAUAAGAAUAAUUUUAGGAUUUUUCAAAAAUUUGUAGAAAUUUUUCAAAACUAUAGUCUAGUCUUAGCUUAAAAUUCAAGAAAAUCUGAAAUUCUGAAAAAUCCUUGGAAAAUUACGUUUCAAAAAAUUUUCACAUUUUUCAUGAACAAUUUUUUUUGUUAGAAGAUUUUUGGGGGUUGUUUCAAAAAAAAUUCAUACGAAUAAUUUUAGGAUUUCUCAGAAAUUUGUAGAAAUUUUUCAAAACUAUAGUCUAGUUUUGAGCUCAAAAUUCAAGAAAAUCUGAAAUUUCAAAAAAAUUCGAUUUUUUUCUGAAAAAAUUUUUUUGUUAACAAUUUUUUGGAGCUUGUUUCAAAAAAAAAUUCAUAAGAAUAAUUUUAGGAUUUCUCAGAAAUUUGAAAACUAUAGUCUAGUUUUAGAAAUCCUGAAAAUACUCAUUUUGAGCUUAAAAUUCAAGAAACUCUGAAAUUCUGAAAAAUCCAUGGAAAAAUACGUUUCAAAAAAUAUUCAAAUUUUUCAUGACCAAAUUUUUUGUUAACAAUUUUUUUGGGGCUGAUUCCUUCUAAAAAAUUCAUACGAAUAAUUCUAGGAUUUCUCAGAAAUUUGUAGAAAUUUUUCAAAACUAUAGUCUAGUUUUGAGCUCAAAAUUCAAGAAAAUUGGAAAUUCUGAAAAAUCCAUGGAAAAAUACGUUUCAAAAAAUAUUCAAAUUUUUCAUGACCAAAUUUUUUUGUUAACAAUUUUUUUGGGGCUGAUUCCUUCUAAAAAAUUCAUACGAAUAAUUCUAGGAUUUCUCAAAAAUUUGUAGAAAUUUCAAAACUAUAGUCUAGUCUAAGAAAUCCUGAAAAUACUCAUUUUAAGCUUAAAAUUCAAGAAAAUCUGAAAUUUCGAAAAAAAAAUUCAAUUUUUUUCUCAAAAAUUGUUUUUUGGAAAUUUUUUGGGCUGCUAAAUUCAUAAGAAUAAUUUUAGGAUUUCUCAGAAAUUUUGAAACUAUAGUCUAGUCAAAUGUUUUGGAAACUAUAGUCUAGUUUUGGACUCAAAAUUCAAGAAAAAUGGAAAUUUCAAAAAAAAUUCAAUUUUUUUCUCAAAAAAAUUUUUUGGAAAUUUUUUGGGGCUGUUUUCAAAAAAAAAUUCAUACGAAUAAUUUUUGGAUUUCUCAGAAAUUUGUAGGAUUUUCAAAACUAUAGUCUAGUCUAAGAAAAUCUGAAAAUACUCAUUUUGAGCUCAAAAUUCAAGAAAAUUGGAAAUCCAUGGAAAAAUACGUUUCAAAAAUUUUCAAAUUUUUCAUGACCAAAUUUUUUUGUUAACAAAUUUUUGGAGUUUGUUUCAAAAAAAAUUCAUACGAAUAAUUCUAGGAUUUCGCAGAAAUUUCAAAACUAUAGUCUAGUCUAAGAAAUUCUGAAAAUUACUAAUUUUAAGUGUAAAAUUCAAGAAAAUUUGAAAUUUCAAAAAAAAAAUUCAAUUUUUUUUCUGAAAAAAAAAUUUUUUUGGAAAUUUUUUGGAGCUGCUUUCAAAAAAAAUGCAUACGAAUAAUUUUAGGAUUUCUCAGAAAUUUGUAGAAAUUUUGAAACUAUAGUCUAGUCUUGAAAUUCCAAAAAAAACCGAAAUUUUGACAAAUUCCAAGAAAUUUGUAGCUAAAGUCUAGUCUUUGAGCUCUCAAAAACCCCCGGAAUUUUUUCAAAACUAUAGUCUAGUUUUAGAAAUUUCAGAAACUUUUUUAUUCAUUAUUAAAGGCAAAAGUGCUCAUUUUGAGCUUGAAAUUCCAAAAAAAUCCGAAAUUUUGAAAAAUUCCCAGAAAUUUGUAGCUAAAGUCUAGUCUUUGAGCUCUCAAAAAUCCCAGGAAUUUUUCUCAAAACUAUAGUCUAGUCUCUCGAAUAUUCAGGAACUUCUGUAUUAUUGAAGUUUUGAAGGCAAAAGUGCUCAUUUUGAGCUCAAAAUUCCAAAAAAAAUCCCAGAAAUUUGUAGCAAUUUUUAAAAAAAACUAUAGUCUAGUCUUGAAAAUAAUCAUUUUGAGCUCUCAAAACUAUAGUCUAGUCUCUCAAUUAUUUUUUGCAGCUCAUCGAACACGAUUAUACGCGAGCUCGCGAGCUCGCCACAAGUUACGAUACCAUCGACAUCGACAUUGUUCUCAAAUCCGAAUGGCUCGAAAAAUCCGCACAAAACCUCGUGAAAAUCACCGAUGUUUCUGAAAUUUUGGCACAAAUUCGAGAUCUUCAAUGGGUUCUGGAGCAAUGUAUCAAUGUGAAUUCGGAGAGUUUUGAAGUUCAAAAAGCGCUGAUUGAAUUGGGAUUGGAGAUUCAGGAGGAAGAUCAAGAUCAACUUCUACAUCAUCAAAGAAUUUUGGAAGUUUGUAAUAGUGAUCUGGAGAUCUACCUAAGGAUCAGGAAUCGAAGCAUUUUGGAGGCGGCGAUUUAUUUUGCGAAUUGUUCGGAUUUCGAACUACUAUAUCGAAUUAUUGAGAAAAAUCAGGAAUGUCUCCGAAAACAUCAGCGGAAGAUCUUGUCAGCUAUACCUUCGUGUGUUUAUCCCACAAAAUAUGAGCAUUUUCUACCCAAAAAGCAUGGGGAACAAUGGGAGAUUGAUUUGCUACAGGAUCAUCACCAGGAGAAGCGGAACACCUCAAUUUGGAACGCGGAAGGUGUUGCGGAAGACGCGGAAGGUUGGGAUUUCAUCGAAUGGAUUCACGAGACCACGCGGAAGAUCGAUUUCGAGUGCGGAAUCAUUGCGAAUUCUAUCGGGCUCUUGAGAUUGUGUGCGGAACGCGGAUGGCAUGCGGAAUUGCGGGAGGAAAUCGAGAAAUGGGAAUUGUAUGCGGAAUACACGCGGAUUUGCGCGAGUAUUGCGGAGAGUUUGGCGAGUUUUGAGAAAGCGAGUGUGGAGGAUUUUGUCGGCAGAUUUGGAAUGGUGAGAGUUUGAUUUUUGGGCUCCAAAAUCUACAGUAACCCUAUGGAAAAUUGUGAAUUUUUGGGCUCAAAAUCUACAGUAACCCUAUGUAAAAUUGUGAAUUUCUGGGCUUAAAAUCUACAGUAACCCUAUGUAAAAUUGUGAAUUUUUGGGCCCAAAAUCUACAGUAACCCUAUGUAAAAUUGUGAAUUUCUGGGCGCAAAAUCUACAGUAACCCUAUGUAAAAUUGUGAAUUUCUGGCCUCAAAAUCUACAGUAACCCUAUGUAAAAUUGUGAAUUUCUGGGCCCAAAAUCUACAGUAACCCUAUGUAAAAUUGUGAAUUUUUGGGCGCAAAAUCUACAGUAACCCUAUGUAAAAUUGUGAAUUUCUGGGCUCAAAAUCUACAGUAACCCUAUGUAAAAUUGUGAAUUUUUGGGCCUUAAAAUCUACAGUAACCCUAUUUAAAAUUGUGAAUUUCUGGCCUUAAAAUCUACAGUAACCAUAUGUAAAAUUGUGAAUUUCUAGGCCCAAAAUCUACAGUAACCCUAGCCUAAUUUUAUCUGAAAAUAUCGAUUUUUUUCUGGGGAAAGCUUGAAAAUUUUAAUAUCGUGGGCAACGACAAAUUUCAAUAUCAAUUUUAAUUUUUCAAAAUUUUUAAUCUAAAAAAUUUGAAACGUAUUUUUUGCGGAAUUUUUUUGGCUUUUAAAAAUAUGGAUUUCUAGGCCCAAAAUCUACAGUAACCCUAUGUAAAAUUUGAAAUUCAAAAUUCGAAAAUUUUGAUAGCGAAAAUCCACGUGGCAAAAUUUGAAAUUCGAAAAAUUUGAGAGCGAAAAUCCACGUGGCAAAAAUUGAAAUUCAAAAAUUUUGAGAGCGAAAAUCCACGUGGCAAAAUUUGAAAUUCAAAAUCUACAGUAACCCUAGAUUUUCCAGCCUAAAAUCUGAAUUUUCCAGCCUAAAAUCCGAAUUUUUUGCAGCUUCUCGAAUCUGAACUCAUCAACAAUGCUUUUUCUAUCAUAAAUCUCAUUGAAUAUAAAAUUUCGCAAGAUCCAGAAUCCGAAAAAAUUUCAAAAAUCGAAAAAACGAUGACAAAUCUGAUGUGUCAAACCAACGAAAAAUCCACCAAAGUUCUGGCAGAAUUUCGGCGAAUUCGCCCGGAUUUAAUCAGUGAUCGUGUAGUUUUGGAAUGUUUAAUGAAUAUGACAACAACUGGAGGAGAUUUAUUAGGAAAUCUGACAGAUUUUGAAGGAUUUUUGGACUAUGAGAAUAUCACAUCGGCACUGAAUUCGUUGAUGUCAAGAGGUGUGAAAAUGACGUUUAAGGCGAUUUUUGAGAGUAUGAAAGAGCCGUGAGUUUGUUUUUUUUUGGAAAAUUCUGAUUAAAACUUUAGAAAAUUUUUCAAAAUUGUGAAUUUCUAGGCUCAAAAUUAUGAUGAACUGAUCGAUCAAUUUUGAUUUUUUGAAAAUUUUUAAUCUAAAAAAAUUGAAACGUAUUUUUUGCGGGAAUUUUUUCGAAGCUAAAAUUGUGAAUUUCUAGGCCCAAAAUUUACAGUAACCCAGGGUUAAAGGUGGAGUACGAGGAAAAAACAAGUUUCAAUCAUUCCCGGGUUCUUACUACACUUUGGAAAUGUCCGUUUACUAAAAAAAUUGCGAAAAAAGAGCAUCGGAGAAAAAAACAAAGAGAAACAGCAGUCGGCAUUUUCGCAUGUAGUGGGCAAACGCGCUCUAGCGAACAAGUGCGAAAUUCAAAUUUUUAGCAAAUAAUUUUUGUUUUUUUUUUUGUUUUUUUCAGUUUGAAGUCAUAUUUACGAGUAUUUUACAGCCAAAGAACGAUGAACGAUCAUUUUUGCACAUACUGUGGUCUGAAAGGAAAGUAUUUCGAAAUGAAAGCAGUAACAACGAGUAAGAAGCAAUUGGAAAAAUGGAUUGAAAAAUUGGGAGUUGAUUUUGCGAAAAAUGUAAGAAUGUAUGGUCGCCCUUACAUUUGCCGAUCUCAUUUUGUUAGAGAUAGUUUUGGACGUGUCCCAGCAUUGGCAUUACCAAAACCUCUGCCAUUCUCCUCAAACUUUGCUGAAAACGUGGUUAUGACAAAUUCAACUUCGAAAUCAGACAAAGAAAUUGCGGUUGCUCCAACUUCGAAAUCGGACAAAGAAGAAGCGGUUGCUCCAACUUCGACAUCAUACAAAGAAGAAGCGGAUGUAUCUGAAGUUGUAGAAAUUCAAGAAAAAACCGAUGAUGAUGAAGAUUUAUCAAAUUUGUCAGAUGAAAGCGGAUAUGAUUUGAUUCAGCAACAAGUCGAGGCGGUAAAAGAUCCGAAUUAUCAACCCAGCACUUCUGAAUAUCGACAAAUUUUGGAUGAUGAAAGUUUUGAUAAUGAUUUUGACCAGACAGUCGACGAGAAGGAGUCAGAUAUCGAUUUUGUGCUCGUCUCUUUUCAACUUUUAUUGCCCUUGAUUUUAAAAUGCUACAGUUGCUUUUCAAUUGCAAAUUACAAACUGUCGAAAUUCGGAGCUGUUUUGACAUUUGAUUGCACGUGUGAAUGUAGCAGGACUUGGAGAUGGUCUACCAGCCAGAAAGUGAAGAAAAACGACAAUACAAGUUCGAAAAGAUUUGAGCUGAAUGUUUCUUUGACAACGGCCGCUGUUACAAUCGGAUUAUCGUAUUCGGUAUGUUUUGAAUCUUUAUAACUAGAAAAAAAAUGAAAUUCGAUUUUUUCAGAAUAUCAUGUCAAUCUUCAGCGUAGUCAAAGCACCAUUUAUUUCAAAAACCACUUUUUAUGAAACCAGAAGGCUUGGAGUCGUACCAGCGAUCAAUAAGGUUUUCAUGGAGCAGAGACAAAAAAUUAUCAAGAUUUUAAAACAAAUCGUAAGUUUUUUUGUGAAUUUUGCUUUUCUGAAAUUUGUAAAAAAAAAAAACGCCAACACAAAAAUUUCGGAAAUUGUGAUAAAACUUUGAUAAUGUUUGCCUCUAAUUUCCCAGAAAAACUAACUCAUCAAAAAACUGAAACAGUUUUUAAAAAUUAUUCAAAUUGAGGAGAAAAUAUUGAAAUUUUACUAAAAUAUAAUCUUUAAUCAUAAAAAUGACGUGAAAUGAAAAAGUGUUAUUUCUUACAAUUUAGAAUAUUCCGAUUGAUGCGGCUGGUGAUGGAAUGUACGAUUCUCGCGGUUAUUGCGCAUUCUGGUGCCGGUACAUUAUCAUUUGCACGCUCACAAAGUUCGUUUUACAUUACAAAAAUGUGAGGAAAACAGCAGGAAGUGAGUUUCAAACCAGAAAAAUCGAACAAUUUUUCAAAUUUUAUAGAAGGAUCAAAAGGACUGGAACCUAUUGCUCAGUCACAGUGUUUGUCGGAAUUGGUUGAUAUGUUGAAGGAAACUUUCGUUAAUGUAGAUCCAAUUCGAAGUUUGACGACUGAUCGCGAUUUAGCUGUGGCUGCAAACAUGAAAAAUCAGUUUCCAAAAAUCAUUCAUCGAUUUGAUCUAUGGCAUCUUAUCAGGAAUCUCACUAUGGACAUUUGGCCGAAGAAAGAUCAGAAGCAGAUGAUUCCAAUUAAACCAUGGAUUCAGGCAAUUAUUAAUAAUGUAUAUUCGUCCAUUCAAAAUUCCGGCGGAGAUCCAAUAAUUGCGAGAGAAUUGGUUAUGUCAAGCUUCGCACAUUGUCUCGAUCAACAUUCGAAUUUCCAAAAUAUCACAUGGUACAAAUUCACCAAAGUGAAUCAAUGCCGGCAUUCUCCAACUUCAACAAGUCACGUUGGAUUUUUGAAUCCUAAUAAUGUGAAGGAUAUGAAAGCUUGGGAAGCUUUGAGAAAAAUUUUUGUGAAGGGAAAUCGAUUGAAUGAUAUUGGUCAAAUUUCGGCACAUUUUAUGACAAGUGAAUGCGAGAGCUUCAACGCAUUAUCGAAAAAAUAUGCGCCCAAAGAUAAAUAUUUGUGGGUUUUUCUUUUUGAGAUUGCAAAUUUUUAAAAAUUCAGUAGCAAAUUCUACAAAACUUGACAUUCAAGAAUUUCCCUACAUUUUAUCUCGAAUGCUUGAAAUCCAUAUGAAUUUCAGCCCGAAAAAUAUGAAAAUCUAAAGCCUGAAAAGUAUGACACUAAAAAAUGUAGGACAGUUUUAAAAUUAAAAGUUUGACUGUAGCUAAUUAUCAAUUUUUUACAGUAGCUCACAUGAAACUACAACACGACUAGCAGUUCUUCACUGGAAUCAUUUAAAAAUUGAAGAAUUGGAGGGAAGAAGGACUGUGAUCGGUGGGAAAAGCUCGAUGAACAAAACAAAACAGCAAAAACGAGUCAAAAAGAUGAAAUCACCGUCUGACCACUCUUGGAGAAUCGAAAUCAAAAACGCAGCACUUUCAAUUUUUGGUAAGUUUUUUUUUACUUCUAACAUUCAGUGAACAUAUUUUUCCAGGUGAAGAACUUUCAAAGAAGUCGAAUAAUUUGCAAGAAGAGGAAAAAGAAGAAUCCAGUGACGAAGAAUUUUCUUUAGAGAAUUUGACCGACAAAGAUUACUUUGAAAAAAGGGUGAGUUAAUAUCUUUUUUUCAAAUUUCAAUCGAAAUGAUCGUGAUUUUUUAGCUUCAGCAAGUUUUCGACGAAUUCGAAUCAAGUUCAGAAAAAAGCGAAAGCGAUAGUGAUGCAGAAGAAUCAGAUGAACCAGAUGAAGCUGAUUAA